AUGUCCGCAGCAACUGGAUAUUUUGGAUUGACAAACCGUGAGCCCCUUCUUUCUCUCACGUGGGGAUAUCACAAUACCGCUCUGGAACGUAAUAAACACAAAUAUUCAUCCGCCAAACUGUGUGAAAUGUUAAAAUUACAUCGGAGACAGAAGCGGAUGUGUCGGAGAGGUAAAGGAAUAGCUGAAAGUCUCUUGGAGGCCACCAGACUUGCUGUGAUAGAAUGUCAGUAUCAGUUUAAACAUGAACGAUGGAAUUGUUCUCUAGGACAGUACAGACAAAACAUUCUAAGACGAGGUUUUUCAGAAACGUCAUUUUUGUAUGCAAUAUCUUCCGCAGGACUCGUCCAUGCAUUUGCACGUGCGUGCAGUAAAGGUGUUCUAGAUAGAUGUACAUGUGAUGAAUCAAAACACUUAGAGAAUCAUAAGACUUGGUUAUGGGGAGGAUGCGGUGAUAAUCUCAGAUAUGGACUGAAAUUCACGAGGAAAUUUUUAAAACGGGCGAGGAAAUCCGGGAAGGACGUGAGAGCAAAGGUUAAUCAACAUAACAGUCGAGUUGGCAUUAAGGUGGUAAAGGAAAACGUUAACACAACAUGCAAGUGUCAUGGCGUUUCCGGUUCCUGUACAGUCAAAACGUGUUGGUUACAGUUAUCUCCCUUCAGUAAGAUCGGACGAACAUUGAAGAACAAAUACGAACGUGCGAAAAAAGUAUUAAUUCAGACGAACCAAGCCACGGGCAAAAAUCUUUUGGUGCGACGUGCGAACGCCGAAACAAAUGCUUUGAACAAUGAGGGUCGAUCGCCGAAGCGAGGAAACCUACUUUAUAUGGACGAAUCGCCGAGUUUUUGUCGGCGGAGUCGCUACACUCCGGGUACAACCGGCCGUACAUGUGAUAAAGACCGUGAUUGUGAAACGAUGUGUUGCGGUCGCGGUUAUAAUGUAAAGCAUACGACUGUGGUCAAAGCCUGCAAGUGCCAAGUUUUUUGGUGUUGCCACGUUAAAUGUAAACAGUGCCUUAAAAAUCAAGAAAUUUACAUGUGUAAGUGA